AUGAUACAUACAUCUAUCUAUCUAUCUAUCUAUUUAUCUAUCUAUCUAUCUAUAUACGACGUCUCUAUCGACACUAUCAAAGCUUUCUGGAAGUCGACGAAGACUGAGUACACGGGGGUCUGCCAUUCCAUGGACUGUUCGUUGAUGAUGCUUCAGUCACUCAUUCUUAUUCCCAUAUCUUGUGCAGGAGUGAGUGCAGCAUGUCAGUUGAAGUCUGGAUGUCUGCCUUCAGUGCUUCGGGUCUCGCCUUAUCGCAUUCUUUUUUCUAUUUCUCCUCCGCCUCCGCCUCCUUCUUCCUCCUCCUUCUUCUUCACUUCCUCCUCUUCUCUUCCUUCACCUUUUCUUCUCUUCCUCCUCCUUCUCUUCCUCAUUCCCCUUCUUCUUCUUCUUCUUCUUCUUCUUUCUUUCUUUCGUCGCUUUUCUUUCGUUUUUCUCUUCUGGAUCUCCUUUCUGUCAAUUAUCCCUCAUUUCCUUUUUACGUUUCCUAUUUCUGUUUUUUUUUUACAUUUUUCUAUCUUUUUUCUCACUUUUUUUUUUUGCCUCCGUCAGCUUUCUUCGUCUUUUCUUUACUUUUGUCACUAUUUUUUUCUUGUUUUCGUUUUUUUUCCUUUCUUUCCCUAUCCGUUUCAUUUAAUACUUUUCUACUUAUUUCUUUCGUUCUUUCUUUCCUUAUUCAUUACUUUUGAUACUUUUCUUCUUUCUUUCUUUCUUUCUUCAUUAUUCGUUACUUCCUUCCCUUUUCUUUCUGUUUUUCUUUCUUUUUUUCAACAUUGUUUUCCCAUAUUACUUUCGUUACUAUCGUUUGUCAUUAUUCUUUCUUUCUUUUUUCUUUCAUCAUUUUCUUUCUUCUUUUCGUUUUGCCACCUUUCUGACUUUCAUUUUUUACAUUUUUUUCCGUUUAAUUUUCAUUAUCUUUCUUUCGUUAUUUUGUUAACUUUCUUUAUUCCUUUUCUUUUUCAUUAUAAUCUUUCUUUCUGUUUACUUUCUUUAUUUUCUUCCUCCUUUCUUUCAUUUUCCUCAUUCAUCUCUCGCACCCUUUCGUCAGCUUUCUACAUUUCUUUCUAUCAUCAUUUCAUUUAA